AUGUCUAAUCCUCGAUUCUCAUUCGCUUCAAAAGAAAACAAACAACCAAUGCCUAUGGACGACAAUAUGAACCAACAACAAGUCUGUGAGAAUGCUUGUUGUUCAUCUUCAUCUUCUUUCUUUACUGCAUCGAGCGGAUCAUCUUCUGUGAACAUGACACGUUUGGAAACCUUUGAUGAAAUGAUUGUUUAUCCGAGCGGACACUCAGUUCUUCAAUUAAGUGCUCAUCAUCGAUUAUUGUUGGUGGUCAUCAAGUGGUAUGGAUGCCCAUUGUGUCAAAAGACGUUGAAUGCGUUGCAAGGUUAUCUCUCUUCGUUCUUGUUGAUGAAUAUUAUACCUGUCAUUUGUCACCAGGAAGAUGUCAACACUUUUUCCAAGCUCAUUUCACAUACACAAUUAAUGCAUUGUAAAAUUUCGACUCCCAUGAAGAGAAUACUAAUGGUUGAAAAAGCAGGAAUUGUAAAACAUUGUAUGGCCAUGCCAACCAUGAUCAAAAUGCUCAUCACAGAAAAGAGAAAAUUGUUCUUCCCAUCCCUGAAAGAAAUUAAAGAAAUGGAAUUGAUGUCUCUCUUUUGUAUGCAUCUCGUUAAAGAUGGAGAGAUUGAACAGAGUUAUUUCUAUAAGAGUCUAACGGAGAGACCAGACUACGGAGCUUUUAUCUUCAAAUUGGGAAGAGAUUCCAAAAACUUGAACGAACCCAUGCACAACAACGAAUCAUUGACAAACAAUGAAGAGAGUGAAUCUUCUUCACAAAUUACAUCCACACAUUUAGAGUCUUCUCCAGAAGAAUACAUUCCAAAAUUAAUGAAAUUAUUCCCAACCAUGAAAGAAAUAUUUAGAGCUGCCAGAAAACAUGUUGCCAUUGUUGGUUGUGAAGAACAUGUUCAACAGAGACAACAACAACAAAAUCAUCAAUUGUCAAGUUUGUCUGAAGAGAAAGAGACUAGUCAUGAUGACCAUGCUGAGAAAAACAGCAGCAGCGCCACCAUUCAUGAAGCGCCUCAUACGAAUCGCUUAUCGAUCCCUAAAAGAAAAUCCAGUUGCUCUUCCACAAACUCGACCUCUUCGAUUAUGAGUAGCAAACAAGUGACAGUGAGACAAGUGUUGGAAAAUGCCACUAUGAGAAACUAUUUUAAAGCUUAUUUGAGUAACAUUUUUUGUUUGGAAUUGGUCAUCUUCUUGGAACAAGUGAUUAAAUAUAAGAUCCUGUGCAAGAGAUCACACAACCUUGAAUCAAAUAUUAACACUGAAAGCUCAAUUGAAACUAUUGAUAUUCAAAUUCCACCCACCGAGAGAACACUGUCAGAAAAAGAAAUGAAGGCAAAUUACAUCAUUGCUACAUUCCUUGAAGAAGAUGCCAUGUUUAGGAUCAAUACAAGCAAAAAGUUGAUUAACGCCAUGCAAAAGAAACUUGACGAAAAAGGUUGCACAAUUGAUUUAUUUGAUGAAAUUGCUCGUGACAUUGAAACAUCCAUGCUGGUUCACUUAUUUGAAACUUUUAAAGAUACAAAUUUAUACAGAGAAAUGAUGCAACGACAAUCGAGCAUGGCCAAUUCAAAUAACUAA